GUGGGCCGGCGGGCGCAGGCCCUGGGUGUGGAGGCGGGCGAGGUGGGGGCGCGUCGGCUGCGUCUGGUGGCGAAGGGUCGUCCGGCGAGCGUGGAGGUGAGCGGGGCGAGCGGGGCGCUGGUGGUGAGCUCGCGGCUGGACCGGGAGGAGCUGUGCGGCAAGAGCGCGCCGUGCACGCUGCGCCUGGAGGUGCUGGUGGAGCGGCCGCUGCGCGUCUUUCACGUGGAGCUGGAGGUCACCGACAUCAACGACAACGCUCCGCGUUUUCCCGUUCCACGAAAAAACAUCAGUGUAGCAGAAUCAAGUCUGCCGGGUUCGCGUUUCCCUCUGGAGGGCGCGUCGGACGCGGAUAUCGGAGCGAACGCGCAGCUCUCCUACAAACUCAGCCCCAGCGAGCAUUUCGCUCUGGAACUGAAAUCCAAAGACGGAAAAAAAACAUCUGUAGCGCUUGUAUUAAUGAAGUCGCUGGACCGGGAGGCGAUUGCUGAGCACCGUUUGCUGCUGACGGCGAGUGACGGGGGCAGACCGUCGCUAUCGGGCACAAUGGAGCUGGUGAUCUCGGUACUUGAUGCGAACGACAACGCGCCCGAAUUCAACCAGACGGUCUACAAAGUACAGUUACCUGAAAAUACGCCCCCGGGAAAGGUGAUUCUCCAGCUAACAGCGACAGACAAGGACGAGGGCGUUAAUCAGCAAGUGUCGUACGCCUUUAGCGACACCACUGCUGCGAGGGUGAAGGAUUUGUUCAGAAUAGACCCCAAAUCAGGGGAAGUAAGUACUGUAGAGACGCUGGAUUUUGAGGACAUAGAAUUCUAUGACCUGGAGAUUGAAGCAAAAGACUGGGGGGCCCUACCAUUAUUGGGACAUUGCAGCGUGGAGGUGGAGGUGUUGGAUGUGAACGACAACGCGCCAGAGGUGUGGGUGACGUCGCUCUCGGUGCCGGUGUCCGAGGACGCGCCGCUGGGGACGGUGGUGGCGCUGCUGAGCGUGUCGGACCGUGACUCGGGGUCGAACGGGCGCGUGCGGUCGGGUUCGUCGGGAUCGGUGCUGCGAGGCCCGAUAUCGGGCAUCGAUGGCGGCGCGUCCCCGUCGGCGACGACGAACGUGUGGCUGGUGGUGGCCAUCUGCGCGGUGUCGAGCGUGUUUCUGCUGGCCGUGGUGCUGUACGCGGCGUCGCGGUGGUCGCCGCGGGCGUCCGUGCUGUCGGGGCCCGGUCCGACGACGCUGGUGUGCGCCAGCGAAGUGGGGAGCUGGUCGUACUCGCAGCGCCAGAGCCGGAGCGUGUGCGUGGCGGAGGGCGCGGGCAAGAGCGACCUCAUGGUUUUCAGCCCCAACUUCCCGCCGCCCGCGGGCUCCACGCCCAAAGAGACGCCGCAGGAUCCCACCGCUCUCCUGGACACGGUCAGUGGCACUUUCUUUUCUCCGCCUCCGCCCUUCCCUUCCCUGUUCUUUCCCUCCUCUGAGACUCCUUGCUCGCUUUUGCCUCUGUCUUUCGUGGCGUCUCCUUGA